AGAAGCCCUCGACAAAUCUCUCAUGAGUUGCUAUUGCUUACUGAAGAUCAGUGAAUGCAAAAGUAAUAAUAUUAUCAAUGUUGGGUUUGUUGACCCAGAUAAAAUACAUGUUGAAACGGUGAAGCAUAAAAGCGAAGAAACGGGGGGAAACCUACUAAGGUUUUUGGGGGAGCAAUAUUUCUGUGAUUCAAUAUUGUUUCCUUACAACUACGACUUCCACUGGAUUCUACUAGACAUUCAACCUGAUAAGGGAAUAGUUGAAGUAAAAGACCCACUGAGUAGAGGCGUGGACGGGUUCCAGGACUUGCAGAAGUUGCUCCAAGUGUAAUUUCCUU